AUGGGACCAUACUUUGGGUCUAAGCUAGGAUAUGGAAGGGGAUGGGUCCCAAACGUGGAUUAUAGAUUGAGAAAACUCAAGAUGCCUCUAUUUGAAUGGGAAGAUGUUUACGGGUGGGUUUAUAAAGCGGAACGUUUGUUUGAUAUGCAAGGGUUGGCAACGUCGGGUGAGAGACUACAUGCAACAGUCGCGAUGAAGUUGGCACUUGUGGUAGAUGAGAACGGAACUAGAACAAUCAUGGGGUCAGACAAAGGAAGUAUAAAAGUCAAUGUGAACUAUGCGCUAAGCACAGUUAAUAACACAACAACAGAAGCAGUGGCAAUGCACACCCCUUUCGACGAAUGA